GCUAUAAAGGAUGAGAUGGUGAAGCUUUUCAGAGAGGCAAAUGUACUGUACUGGGCUGGGUCACUUCUUCAAUUCGCAUAUGAUUUCAUUGACCACUGCCUUUACUGUUCAUCUGAACCACCACCUUUUGAUAUCCCUCACUUGUGCUUUGUUGAUGCUGGUCUAGCUGUGUCAUAUGUACAACCACCACCUACUACAUCUCAUCAAAAAUCAAAGGUGAACAUCCCUCAGUAUGGCUACCUCGUUGAAGAGUUGAUUAGCAGCAACUUCCUGAAGUAUAUUCAUAACAUGGACUGUCAACCAAUGCUUGACCCAGACAAACCUGGCUAUGAAAUAGCCAAGUUCCUGGCAUGCACACAACACAUCUAA